UUCAAAGAGACACUGAACCGAACUCUUUUGCAAUGCCCCUCAACACAUGCGAAUACCAGCUGCUGUUUCUGCUCUGCUUUCUGAUAAAAAGCUGUCAUGCUUUCAAAAAUGAUGGCACUGAAGAGUUUCAUGGGCACGUGGUGGCAUCAUCUCACCAGACUCCAAAUAAUGCCUCUUUAAAUCGAGCGCGCAACGGAGGAAGACGAACGGAGAGCCGGGACCAAACCGAACAGCACCAGGUCGGUUGCAGGGAGCUGAGGUCCACUAAAUACAUAUCUGACGGCCAAUGCACCAGCCUGAAUCCCGUCAAGGAGUUAGUGUGUGCUGGAGAAUGUCUUCCCACGCACCUGCUGCCCAACUGGAUCGGUGGAGGUCACUACUGGAGCAGACGGGACGCCCAGGAGUGGCGCUGCGUCACCGAACGCACACGCAUCCAGCGCAUUAAACUCCAGUGCCAGGACGGCAGCACACGCACCUACAAGAUCACCGCCGUCACAUCCUGCACCUGCAAGAGAUACACGCGCCAAAACAACGAGUCCUCUCAUGCACCUCAGAGUCCCUCAAAGGAUCAUCCGCUGCAGAACCCCGAGAAGAAAAAAAGCAAAAAUAAAAACUCAAAGCUUAAUUCUAAAAAUGAAUAAAUAUUAGAGCCUCUGGUUUGUUGAGGAUGAGCCAUACUGGUGCAGAUUUGACCAACACAGACCUGCCCAUGGAAGGAAAGUGACUUUUUUGAACUGCAAUGACUCUGACUUGGACUGCAACAAGAUGUACAGCUGUUUUUCUUUAUAUUUUCAGAUGUGGAUUCUUUUAUGACUGUGUAUGUGUGAGAGUAUGUGCACUUUUUGAGUGUAAUAUGGUCAUGUUUUUUUAUAAAUAACCUAAUUACAUAAAGCAAUUAUGUAUACUAUUUCAAAUGACAGACGAAAGUUAUAGGAUAAUUCACCCAAAAAUGAAAAUAAUGCCAUCAUUUACU